GAUAUAUUUCUUCACAACCCUACUAAAUUUAAACCGUGCAAAAAUGGUUAUUAAACAAGUGGAAAAUGGCUUUAAGGCCUCUGGUAACCGUGGUACGGGCCGGUCGCCACAGCUUUGCGGCAGGACUGCAACUGCAGCAGCACCUGGCGAAGGCUUCCCAGAUAUUGGACCCGCCUUCAAAAUUUCGCAACUACCUGGUGCUUCAGGAACACGAUCCUGUGUACACAGUCGGCCUGCGAACGAAGGAAUACACGCCAUCAGACGAGGCUCGACUGCGCCAACUGGGUGCAGACUUCCAUCGCACAGACCGCGGCGGGCUUAUCACUUUCCAUGGCCCCGGCCAGUUAGUGGCCUACCCCAUCCUGCACCUGCGCCAAUUCAAACCCAGCAUGCGCUGGUACGUGGCCACGCUGGAGCGGAUGGUCAUUGAGGCCUGUCGCCGACUAGGCAUUUCCACGGCCACCACCACCAAGGAAACAGGCAUCUGGGUGGGUGACCACAAGAUUUGUGCCAUCGGCGUCCAUGGCUCCCGUUACGUCACCACACACGGCGUUGGACUUAAUUGCUGCACGGAUUUGAAUUGGUUUGAGCACAUUGUGCCCUGCGGGAUCGAGGGCAAGGGAGUGACAUCGCUUAGCAAGGAGCUCGGUAGGCAUGUGUCCAUAGGGGAGGCCACUGAUGCGCUCCUUAGCAGCUUCGCUAGCGUCUUCGAGUGCCAUCUUCAGGAUCACGAGUCUGAUGGCAACCUAGCUAGUGCUUUAAAAACCAUUUUAAAAAACAAAUAACUCAUUUAAUACAUGAUCAUACAAAACGA